AUGAGGAAAAAUCUUUUAUCAUUGAGUUUGGCUGCUGCCCUCAUGAUAUGUGGAACAGUUGAUGCCUCUUUCUCCUUGGGGGGCAAUGCUUUCACUGACUUCAUCAAGAAUACCCAAAGCAAGUUUUCUUAGAGCAAGAACUUAAAGGCUGACAAGCCCGCUGAAGAAGUUAAAGCAGGCUAAGUAUGUAAAUCCACAACAUACUCGAUCACAAGCUUACCAUAUUGGGAUACAAAAUAAACUCUUCCCUGCAUGUAUUCAGGAACUUUCACUACAGAUGCUAAGAAUAAUCACAACUUAUUCUUCUGGCUAGUCAAGAAUACUGCCCUUGAAAAACCUAACCUUGUAGUAUGGCUUAACGGUGGACCAGGCGCUUCAUCUAUGUCAGGACUGUUCCUUGAGAAUGGACCUUUACAAGUCACACAACCAGACCCCAAACUUGGUCCUGAUAAUUUCCUUGUUGGUUUAAGAGAUGGUGCUUGGACUGAAUUGGCUGAUGUAGUGUAUAUUGACAAUCCUGUUAACACUGGAUUCUCUUUCGGAGAUACCUACGUCUCCUCAAUGGCUGAUGCAUCUGCUGAAUUCGUAAGCUUCAUUGAUCAAUUCCUCACUCUAUUCCCAGAAUACUCUCUUCCUCUUGGAAGUAAUCUCUAUUUAACUGGUGAAUCCUUUGGUGGUAAGUACCUUGUUCAGUUCGGCAGAGAAAUAAUUAGAUAUUAAGAGAAUCAAGGUUCAGGAAAGGUAAAAUUAGCUGGUAUUGUCAUGGGUAAUCCACUUAUUUCACCACCUGUUCAAAGACUUACUACUCACAGAGUAGCUUAAUCUCUUGGCAUGAUUGAUGAUAGCAAUAUGGAGUAAAUUGCUACUCUUCACAGAGAGUGUGAAUAAGCACUUUCGAGUAACUGGGACAAAUCAAAUGAUGCCUGUGCCUAAGUACUUAGCUACAUUUAAGAUGUUAGCGGCAAUGUCCUCAGCUAUGACGCUAGAAUCUUCAUUUCAGAUUAUAAAAAAAUUACCUAACCAUAUGAAGAUUAUCUGAGUGCCUCUGGUAAAAUAACUGAUCUUUACAAGGCCAUUCAUAUUGAUAAGUCAACUAAAAAACCAAAUACUUGGGAUAAGACCAAUAAAAAGGUAGCUGAUGCCUUGAAUGGGGAAAGUAUGUUUGAUUCAACUAAUUGGUUUGACAUAACUAACGAUGAUGUCCCUAUGUUAAUCUAUGCUGGAAUGUGGGAUCAAAGAGAAGGCCCAACAACUACUGAGGAUUGGCUCUCUCACAGCAGAAAGUAAGCUAAGAGUUUGACACCGAUUGCUUAAUAAGCAAGACAGAUAUAUUACAUCAAACAGCUAGAUGGUACAUAUACUGUUGGUGGAUACAUGAAGUAUGAUUCAGAUGGUAAACUUACAGUUCUCACCAUGCCAAAAGCAGGUCAUUUCGCUCCUCUUAAUCAACUUCAAACUACUUAUCAAGUUCUAAGUGACUUCUUAGCUAAAGGUACAUUAGUUUGCCACAAGGACAAUCCAGAAGAUUGCCAAGUUACAAAGACAAUGUGUCAAUUCAUGACAAAUUGCAACGGUAACGGUAUCUGUGGAGACAGUGGACAAUGCACCUGCAAUGAAGGAUAUAAAAGUGCUGAUUGUUCUGAAAAAGUAGAACAGCUUACUGCUUCCUAUCAUUCACAGGUUACCACUAAUGGAACUCAAUGGCAUUACUAUCAAUAUUAGAAUGGAUUAGCUGCAAAUCUCCACUACGAGAUGGUCUUUUCCUCUUAAAUGCCACUCGAUAUCUUUAUCUCAUCUGGAUGGUAGAGUGAUCCAAACGAAUUCCAGUAUGAUCUAGCAUUUAGACAACAAAAUUACAUCAGAAUUACAUCAAAGUAGUUCCCUAAUUUUGAAACCUUUACUGCAGCAGUCAAAGUAAAUGGUAUUGAGCAUUAUAGCACUACUUUCCAUCAAAGCAACUUGAAUGUCAAAUUCGACAUUAUUACUGAUCAAAGUGUCUUGUUGACUCAGGAAUCAGAGAUUGAAGCUAUUCAGCAUUAAAUGCUUCAAAGUCUCGAUCCUUUAGAGAACCCACAGAACGAUACUUUUAUUAACUUCAAUCAUGAUAUUUCAACCUGGAUUGACGAGAUUGACAAGAUUAAUGAGAUUGAUGAGAUUGACAAUGAGAUUGAUGAGAUUGACGAUGAGAUUGAAGAUGAAAUCCAAAAAAUCGAGAAAAUCAAUGAAAUUAUGAAGGAUGAAUUAGAAAAUCAAAGAAAUUAAUCUCAAAAUUAAAGUCAUACACCAGAUUCACAAGGGGACCAACAUCAUUGGAGAAGAAAUCAUGAUGGAGGAGAAAUUGAUCAUGAAAAAUGGAGAAAAGAGCAUGAGGGCAAAGAAGGUGAACAUCACAGAUGGAGAAAAGAUCAUGAAAACAGAGGACACCAUAAGAAUAACUCCGAUGGCAAAAAUGGCCAUAGAGGAAAGAAGCAUCACAAAGAUGAUGACAAAAAGCCUUAAGGCAGAAUGUUCUACCAAGUGCUCUGGGAAAAAUUACAGCCAAUUAUUGAUAAAAUUGUCCACUUUGACAUUUACUUCCCAUAUUUCUUGGCUAUCAUCGUCUUUGGAUUCUUUUAUCUCAUGUUCUUCCAGAAGAAACAACAACAGCAAAAUGUUGAACAGAAAUAGGUGAAAGAAGAGGCUUUAACAGUUUGA